GAGCGAGAGUGAAAGAGAGAGAGAGAGAGAGAGAGAGAGAGAGAGAGAGAGAGAGAGAGAGAGAGAGAGAGAGAGACAUAUGGAGUCCACACAUACGGCAGCAUUGAUCACGGUCGAGUGACAGGAUGAGAGUGACAGUGAAUGAAGAGAAGCAGUGAAGGUGAGAUGGACUGAAGAUGCUGCUGGACGAGCUCGAGUGAAUUUGUAAACGCAGACAUCCAUGCAGCUUUCUGAAGAUGACAACAGAAGCUCAUCUCAUCUGAAACGCAACAUCCUCACUGCAGACGCUCGCUCCAAUCAGACUGGAAGUUUCUGAUUCCUGUUCUGUUCCUGUCACAAGAAAAGAAUGAAGGGAAGGACAGAAACAAGGAAACUCGAGUCAACUUGAAGAGAUUAAUUGCCAAGUCAAGAUAUGUUUCCAUACCAGCAAGGACUGUACACAAGUUUUAAUUUGAAAAUGGGACAUUAACGGUGCUGGGACACUUGUUCUUGGGUCAGUCUUCUAUUAAAGUUUAUUUAUCCGGUUAUUUUUCAAACAAAUGAUUUCUGCAGACAAAGAUCGUGAGAGGACUUUUUAAUCCUCUUGGCUGUAAAAUAUGAUGCAGACUUUUACAAUAUACUCACAUGCCUACCUUGCCAAAGUUUCAUACUGUUCAGGGCUUGCACAAGCAAUGUGUACCACCUCUGCGCAAACUGUGUCUCUGCCAUCUUGAAUUGUGCUCACCAAGAGAAUUUAAGUGCCCCUGUGGACCGAUGGGGUUGUUGCUCAGGAUACACUUAGUUCUUCUCUUGCUUUUAAAGACAAUUGCUUAUAAAGACACUUUGUGCCAAAACCAAAACCUUCUCUGACAGGAUUACCAUCGAGACAUCUUUUCAAAAACUCUCAGUCAUGUGACCAGAGGUCAGGACCAGUCACAUGCUCUUCUGUCAUCGGCUGGUCGGUUUUAUUUCAUUUUUGUUACAUGCAGCAUUUGUCAUGUAAGUCAGUGCCCUGUAACCAUGUUUUAAUCCAAUGAAAGCUGUAUUAGUAUUCGUUUUGUGGAAACAGACCAAAACACUGAGAAAAUCCUAUUUAUAUCUAUGGUUCAUAAACUACUAGGGUCUGAUAACAUGGUGAGCAAAGAGCCCAACCAUUUGCCAAGUGUUCACACCCAUAGCAAUGGCAACCCAGACAAAGCAGCCACCACCGUGACUGUGCGAUCCGUGCUCCUCAAUCGGAACUCUCCGGAUAUUGAAAGCCGACUUAAACGUAGACGAAAUCGCACGCAGCAGGUGCGCUUCAAAGAUCUGGAUGAUGAUGAAGUAAAAAACGAUAAAGUGAGGAGUAAGAGCCCAACAGAGGUUCCGAAAUGGCGAAAGGAGCUGACUAACGGGCCCUCUCUAGUGGGAUCAGUCUGUGGGGACAUGGAAAAGACAAUAGGGGCAGUGACAGCGUUUUUGAAGAGAGCUCCGCCACAUCCGCUCACCCCUGGGCCCACCAGACGCUGCUGGGUCCCGACACAUCCGUGUUCUCUCACGCUACCACUGCCGAGUCAACCUUGCAGGAGUACAGCCAUUCAGACCUCACCCAGUUUGGAAAAACCUCCAUCACUUUCAGUCACCCAAAUUCGCAGUUAUAGUCUGGGGGAUGGAGUGGGGGGAGGCUGGGAUGAUGAGGAUUCUUCUGAUGAGCUGACUGCACAGGUAUGCUUUUCAACUCGUACAUCACAGACGAGCCCCGGCCAAGAGCAUUUCCCCACUGAGCAAUCAGGCUGCUCCAAAACUGAGGACAAUCAAACCACCUCUUUAGAUAGAAAAUCGCAACUCCAGCCGAGUUCUUCCGCACCACACAAACAGUCCAGAAGGAGAGGGAGGAGGAAAUUGUUAAAUAGAGCAGCAAGUGAUCCUGGGAAACCUGAGCCUCCUCACACUUCCCCAUCUAAUACUGUACCUGCUGAGAGACAACACCAAAACUCCAAUCAAUCUAAGAAAGCCCCAUCUGAAGCUGUGGUGCGCAGAACCUUAUCAUCUGAUGUACCUUCACAGCAUUCUCCCAACCAUAACCCACUUCAUAAUAUGCCAUGUAGUGGCUCUUCCACACAAACUGAACCAAGCUGUGAUUCAAAAUCUCAAAGUGUCUCAGGCCACCAAGCCUCUUUACAAACUGGUCUUUUAACCAUGUCUUCUGUAACCCUAGAGGAAUACCCAAACUCUUGCCAAAUUCUAACAGCAGAAGCACCUCUGCAAGCCUCUCAGACUGUUUCCACCUGUCCCAAUGAAACUCAAAAUGUACCAUUACAAAGUUGUCCACCACAGGGUCUUUUACCCGGUGUCUCUUUGACACAAACAGAGCACAGCACGACCAUUUCAGAGUCUUUGUGCUUUACCACACAACAAGUCACUUCAUCCUCAACACAUGGGGAGUCAAGCUUGUCUCUUAGUGAAACAUCAGGGCAUUGUUGCACACCUGCUAUUCAAAUGAUUACAAACUCUACGACUCCCCCAAUGCCCAAGUCCUGCUGCAUUUCAGAGUCACACGCAGAAUCCGUAACCCCGGAUAAAUCCAGGCCAGGUUGCCAGACAUUAGAGGAAAGCAUGGCAAGCUACAAUAAUGUUGGCCAAAAGGCAAUUUCCUGUUCUCAAGGAGCAUCUGUUGUUUCCUCCUCAUUCAGUACCGCACAUCCAGGCCAAAAGACUCCAACACAGCCGCUAGCAUGCAAUAACACGCCAAUUCAACCUGUGUCCUCUGUAAUAUGUCCAACCCAAUCUGUAACUCCUAUUCAGUCUGUGCCAAGCAGUAAGGUCCCUGCACCAAAUGCACGAUUUGGUACUUCAUCUCUUUCUGUAUCCAACUGCAUCCCAGAUACACAAACUGUGCAAACGACUACACUGACUACAAACACCCCAACACCUAUUCAAUCCACAAUUCAACCUUCAAUACAAUCUAUACCUUACUGUGACAUAUCAGCUACCCUAACAAGUACAGAACCUAUAGCAUCUCAUAAAGAUCCAACACAACCCAUUUCUCACAAUAUGACGUCCUUUUCUCCUAGCCCUCCCCAUGCCAGUACUCCAUACAGUGUGUCACACUUAAAGAGCUCCCUUCCCCCUGCGGCUCACAUUGUUCCCAUUGGACAAACUGCAGUGCAUUGCAUUUUGGAUCCACAAAAUAUGGGAACUCAUGUGACUCCUGCCCUGCCCGUUUUAAUUUGCAGCCCCUCCACACAACCCGUGCCAGGUAAUCUCUGUGCUGUUCGAACAUUGCCACACUGCAGCGUUUCUGUGCAACAUGCCCCUUGUUGCAGCAACCCCCCUCAAACUGUCCACAAUUUUAAGACUUCUGCUCAAACAGUACCACACUCCAAGUCAUUUCCACAUAACAUGUCACCCAUCCUCUGUUCACGUGAGCCCACGACAUACACUAGUAUUCCCCAGGAAACUGUGCUUCCCUGUGCCAAUUUCAGGCAUUCUUUACCUCCUUAUGCCUGCACUCCACAAACUGCUUUGCUGUACUCUAACACAGGGACUUACCCCUCCCCUCCUCAGGCCUUCUGCAGCACUCAGGACAGAAGAGACAGAAGAGAGUUUAUGCUUCCUCCCCCACCUCCUCCUCCUCCUCCUCCAUACACUCCCCGCAAAGAGGACUCCUCGACUCCAGGAAAGCCCCGCAAGCCUCCUGUGUCCAAGGCCGACAGCAACAGCGCCGGAAAGGACAAAGUGAAGACUGGGAUAGCAAAGUCAAAUGCUGAAGCAAAAACAGAUGAAAUCCCACCCCCUAUCCCUCCCAAAAGUAAGGCAAGAGCUAUGGUAAAACCCACGUGUUUGGGCACCCGACGAGCGAUCCUAGGCACAGAAUCCCAGUCCGAUGUGAAGCACCUGCCUCCUUCUGCAGGAAUAAACCCCCAGACUCCCCUCAGAUCAGCAGAGGGCCAAGGAGACACACUGCGACAGGUGCAGGAGCUGCUAGGGGGGCUCAUGUCUGGGGCUAAAUGUAAGCUGGACCUGGCAAAGGCAAAAGAGAAACUGUUCGGCCCAAACGGCCCUCUGUACGACAUUGGGACUCUGCAGUCUCAGCUGCACAGCCUGGAGGGGGUGUUGGAGACCAGCCAGAACACCAUCAAGGUUUUGCUGGAUGUCAUUCAGGAUCUGGAGAAGAAGGAGGCUGAGCGAGAAGGAUCUCAGUGGAGUAUAGUAUUGGUGAAUAUACCGACACCUAUUUUGAAACACAAACUCAUGCAGGUUUGGAACAACAUGGAAGACAUUCGUAUCGAACAGGUCAAGACAUUGAGAACUGUGGCACGUGCAGAGACUGCGCCUGUAUCAUAUACAGUGUGGAGCAUGACUUUCGUCUUCAGGAGGGUCAGGUGACUCGGGCGUGGAAAGUUCCAGAGCAGCAGGAGUCGGAGCAGAGUUCUCCUCAGCUGGUCUUUUCUCCUCCACGCCAGCAGGAGUCCCCACAGUCUCUGCAGACGGUGAAGAAGAGUCGCAGGAAGUGUUUCUGGUUCCUGUGAAGUCUUUAUCAGCAGGAUAUGACAUCACUUAUUAACACGGGCAGAGUUUAAAACCGACUUCAAGCCUCUUCAGCUCCUCUGGUUCUUCUCAGUGAUGCAUCUCUUCAAGUUUUUGUCAAGAUUUUGUACUUUUAAACGAGGAUCAGUGUUUGCUUUAGUAUAACAGAUUUACAGUAGAUGGAGAGAAUUAAUGUACAUCUCAAAAACAUUUGAACUCACCUUCAUACUGUAUGAUUUGGAGAUCAUGGUCACUAUGAUUUAUAAUGGAGAGGAUUCCUCAACACAGCGUAUGGGUUUGAAAUGAUGCGAUGGUGAGUACAUGACAAAACUUUGACAUCUAGAUGAACUUCAGUUACUUUAAGAGUUAAAGAGAAACCAGAGGUGGAGAUGAGGUUUUUGUUUGGUUUAUGAGCUGUUUUAGCUGAAGAUCAGAGAGACAAAGAGUGACUGAUACACACAGACAGCAGAAGAUAAAAGAGAGAAAGUACACCAGAAUAAAAGCUGUGUCGUCAUUUUGGAGCAAUGAGGGUCAAAACACCAGCUUUUAUACUAUUAAAAUGUUUAAUAUUAA